AGGGUAGGUGUUUGUGUGUGUGCCUCUCUCUCGAGUCUCGAGAUGGUGGGGAAGCGAGUGGCGGUGGUGGUGGGAGGGAGCGUGGCGGGGCUGGCAUGCGCGCACGCGGUGGCGGAGGCGGGGUGGGAGGCGGUGGUGGUGGAGAAGGCGGCGGCGCCGGGGGCCGGGAGCGGCACGGGCGCCGGGCUGGGGCUCGACGCGCAGUCCAUGGAGACGCUCGCCCGCUGGAUCCCCGGGCGCCUCGACGCCGCCACGCUGCCGCUCGCCGUCGACCUGAACAGGGCGACGGACGGCGAGACGAAGGCGGGGAGGACGCUGACGAGGGACGAGGGGUUCGGCUUCAGGGCGGCGCACUGGGGCGACCUGCACCGGCGGCUGCACGAGGCGCUGCCGGCCGGCGUGACCGUGCUCUGGGGCCACCAGUUCGUGUCGUUCGAGAUGGCGCCGGAAGGGGACGGAGAUGGCGGGGUCGUGGUGACGGCCCGCGUGCUGCGCACCGGGGAGACGGUGGAGGUCGCCGGGGAUUUGCUCGUCGCGGCGGAUGGCUGCACGUCGGCGAUCCGCCGGCGAUUCCUCCCCGAACUCAAGCUGAGGUACUCUGGAUACUGUGCAUGGCGUGGCGUCUUCGAUUUCUCCGGGAAGGAGGGGUGCACCACCAUGGUCGACAUCCGGAGGGCCUACCCAGAGCUCGGCAACUGCCUCUACUUCGACCUGGCAUACAAGACGCACGCUGUGCUCUACGAGCUGCCCAAGAACCGGCUCAACUGGCUCUGGUACAUCAAUGGCGAUGAACCAGAGCUCAUGGGGAGCUCGGUGACGAUGAAGGUGAACGAGGCCACGGUGAGCGAGAUGAAGGAGGAAGCCGAGCGCGUGUGGUGCCCCGAGCUGGCGCGGCUGAUCGGCGAGACGGCGGAGCCGUUCGUGAACGUGAUCUACGACGCCGAGCCGCUGCCCGGGCUGUCGUGGGCGGGAGGGCGGGUGGCGCUGGUCGGCGACGCGGCGCACCCGACCACCCCGCACGGGCUGAGGAGCACCAACAUGUCCAUCCUCGACGCCCGCGUGCUCGGCUGCUGCCUCGCGAGGUGGGGCGGCGAUGGCAACGCCGAGCCGACGUCGACGCCGCGGCGGGCGCUGGCCGAGUACGAGGCAGCGCGGCGGCCGGUCGUGGCGGCGCAGGUGCUGCACGCGCGCAGGCUCGGACGGCUCAAGCAGGGCCUGGGCAUGGGCAGCGCCGGGGACGGGGAGGGGUUCGACGCGAGGACGGCGACGGAGGAGGAGAUUUCGCAGCUGCGGCAGAGCAGCAUGCCGUAUUUCAGUGGCGCGCCAACCAUUGAGUGAUCUAAUAAAUGUAUUUUUGUGAAUUUUUAUAUAAAGAAAGAAAUGGCUAUCUCUAUCAUAGGUUUUCUUUACCGAAAUUUCAAAUUUUUAGCUCCUGCCCUGUUUGGAAUAAAUGAAAUCUGUACUAUUUUCAAUAAGAAGUUUGUUGUAAAUUUCACCAAAAACCGUUAAUUUAAUUUUAUUUUUCUUCUCA